AUGGACGUGGACAGCGACACCGAAAGCGAAAUCAACUCUGUGCGCUCAGGAAUGCCUCCCCCUAGCGAGUCGGACUACAGUAUGGCAAGCUCACUCACCUCUUACGACGUAGACCCGUCCAUGCGUUCAGAAUCCCCGGAAUCAGUCCUUUCUCUGACCGAUUCAAUGCAAGCAAACUUCCAAAGGCAAGAAUACGGUCGCGGUCUCCAAACGUACUCAGAACUUUACCGUCUUCCCGCAGACGAACAGGAGCUAGAACGACUUGACAAACAGCAUACAAUAUUUGUCGAUAUCAUGGGCGAAAAAUAUGCACCUCCCAUGGAGGCUGUCAUGGCAGACGAUGUCCCGGGGGAGACGAAGGCAUGCUUAGAUCUUGGUUGCGGAAGCGGAAGUUGGAGCGAGGUAGAUGAUGUUAAUCUUGGUUUGGAGCACUUCUACGGAGAUUUCAAUGUUGUACAUGCACGUCUUAUCUCAUCAGGAGUCAAAGACUAUCAUCUUCUUGUCGAUCAGAUGUGCCGUGUUCUGCGGCCUCAUGGCCUACUUGACAUUUCUGAGUUCGAUUUCCACAUGUACGACAAAGACCAUAACCGCCUUGAACUGGGCACUCACGAAGUCGCUCCGCCUUGGUGGGCCCGUUGGAUGUCAUUUUUGGCUGCCUCGAUCAAGAACAUCGGCGGAGAUGUGGACGCUGCAACGCAUCUUCACGAAUGGGUACUAAGCAAUCCCUUGUUCGAAGAUGUCGUAUAUAGAGAAUUUUGGUUGCCAAUAGUCCCUCCGCCUUACAGUCCCAAUGAAACAGAGGCUACACGGCGGUUUUAUCGGAAAAUGAAAGAAAAUACAACGGCAUUUCUAGGCGCUGGUAGGCCUUUACUUUUGGGAAGUGGCCUGCCGGAGGAGAUUGUUGACACCCUGGAACAAGGCGCAAUACGAGAAAUGGAAGAGCGAAAAGUUACACAAUACACGCGAUUACAAUGUGUAUACGCUCGGAAGAAAGUAAGGUACCUAAGCGAGAUGAAGUUCAUAGCGCUUGAGCCAGCCUCAUCCAACAACACUUUCAGCUCGCAAUUACAUGCCUAUGUGUCGCCUGCUCUACAGGACUAUCUAAUCAAACAUUCUCAAAUGGAUAUGAAUUCCCGCCUUGAAGUUAUCGACCGGAUCGUAAAUCCUAGCAUUGAGGAUGCUUCAAAGUUUUUAGCACGAUUACAAUUAGCUGAAACGCCAACGGCUUCCGAGGUUCACAACGAUAUAGAAAAAAGGCUUCUUUUACCUCCCAGUACUUUCCCAGACCAAUGGCUACCUUCUUAUCAAAUCUCCGUUCCUGAUUUGCUGAACGCAGAGCCGGCGCCUCCACCUACAGUCUUAAACUUUAUUCGUUCUGGCCUUGAUGGAAGGGUAACGGGAUACAGGGAGACGGUUCCAGUUCGUCAAAAAACUGGCUCGACAUCAACGUCGCUUGACAGAACCCCGGCACCCAGCAAAAAUUUUGUAAGAGGGAAAUCUGGAUAUGUACCGUUUUGGCCGGGAGGAUUUGAGGACACACAGCUUGAACUAUCCAAAGAUAGCAAGAAUACGGAGCAACCAAAGGGCAUCAGGACAAUUCCGCCUGGGUUUGAGAGGGGUCUGCGCCUUCCUGGAGAUCCAGUCGAGGAUGAGAAUUUAGUUGAUUUUGAACAGGACGUUGAAGCAGAUGUGGAUGAAGCAGAGAAUGAGGCUGACGUAGAAGACGAGAUUCCUCUGGAUCAGACCAAGGAAGUAGAUGCCCUUCUACCCGCUUCGCGCUCAAACCUUAGGCCUGUUGGGUUGAAGAAACGACGCAUGAAGAGAGUUAUGGCUCAAACACGGGAUUGGGCACAUGUCAUCGACGUCAAUAUGCCUCUAACGAACUUUCACGAACUUGUCCCAGAAAUGGCCCAUAAAUACCCCUUUGAACUUGAUACUUUUCAAAAACAAGCGGUAUAUCACCUUGAAAUGGGUGAUUCAGUUUUUGUUGCUGCUCAUACCUCUGCAGGAAAAACUGUGGUGGCCGAGUAUGCUAUAGCUUUGGCCGAGAAGCAUAUGACACGAGCUAUAUAUACAUCCCCUAUCAAAGCCCUCUCAAAUCAAAAGUUUCGUGAUUUCAAGCAAACAUUUUCUUCUUCAUCGGUCGGAAUUCUAACUGGAGACGUUCAAAUAAAUCCUGAAGCAAGUUGCUUGAUUAUGACUACCGAAAUCUUGCGAAGCAUGCUCUACAAAGGUGCCGAUCUUAUACGCGACGUGGAGUUUGUCAUAUUUGACGAAGUACACUAUGUCAAUGACGCUGAGCGAGGUGUCGUUUGGGAAGAAGUCAUUAUCAUGCUCCCUGACCAUGUCAAUAUCAUCUUGUUGUCCGCAACCGUCCCGAACACAAAAGAGUUUGCUGAUUGGGUUGGGCGGACGAAGAAAAAGGAUAUUUAUGUGAUAUCUACACCUCAACGUCCCGUUCCACUUGAACAUUAUCUAUAUGCUGGUCGUGAUACGUAUAAGAUUGUCGAUGCACAGAGAAACUUUGUUAGCCAAGGAUACAAAGAAGCUGGAGAAGCUUUGCGGCGAAAACAAGAUAAAGAACGCGAAGCUGCAGGACUCCCCCCUGUUCAACGUGUUGGUGCUCGUGGCACCGCCCCAGCCCAGCGAGGACAGCAACGCGGUGGCGGUGGUCGAGGUGGUCCUGUACCUCUGAGAGGUGGGCGUGGCGGCAGCGGAGGAGCACCUGGGAGAACAAUUCACACCGGAGCGGACAAAAAUCUUUACGUGCACCUGCUUGGUCAUCUGCGUAAAAAGGCCCUACUCCCGGUUGUUGUUUUCACCUUCUCGAAGAAACGUUGCGAAGAGAACGCUGCGACAUUAACAAAUGCAGAUUUGUGUACGUCUGUGGAAAAGAGCGAAGUUCACGUCGCCGUUGAGAAGGCACUCGCCCGUCUGAAGGGCUCGGAUAGAAAACUUCCACAGAUUGUGAGAACUCGGGAUUUACUAUCUCGUGGAAUUGGUAUUCAUCACGGUGGUCUUCUUCCAUUGGUGAAAGAGUUGGUAGAGAUCUUAUUUGCUCGUGGAUUGGUGAAGAUACUUUUUGCCACAGAAACCUUCGCCAUGGGCGUAAACAUGCCAGCAAAAUGCGUGGUUUUCUCCAGUAUUAGGAAGCACGAUGGUCGCAAUUUUCGUGAUAUUCUUCCCGGUGAAUAUACGCAGAUGGCCGGUAGAGCUGGUAGACGUGGUCUUGACCCUACUGGGACGGUUAUUAUUAUUGCAAACGACAAUCUGCCUGAGCAAACGACACUCCAUACUAUGAUUCUUGGCGUCCCAGGAAAGCUUUCUUCUCAAUUCCGAUUAACGUAUAACAUGAUUUUAAACUUACUACGAGUGGAAGCUUUGAGGGUGGAAGAGAUGAUUAAACGUAGUUUCUCCGAAAAUUCUUCCCAACGACUUUUACCCGAGCAGCAACAGAAGGUGAUAGAGAGCGAAAGGUCUCUAUCCGCCUUGCCACGGUUGGAUUGCCCAAAGUGUUUGCCGGAUAUCGAGCAUCAUUAUGAUCAAACUCGAGAUAUCAUAGAAAAAAAUCAAAGCCUGUUGGAAAUGGCACUCAGUCAAUCUCAAGGUUCCAAGAUACUCAAUGCUGGACGUGUUGUCAUUUUACGGGAUGGGCACUUCCGACUUAACAACGUUGCUGUGAUUCUCAAACAAGCCCCUAUUCAAACCUUGGACUCUGGACUGCUCGCCAAGGUUAAGACUUAUUUUGUGCUUGCUUGGGUCCAUCCAAAUACUAAGAGUGGUGGAGAAGAUAUCGAAUCCUAUGCCAUUCCCCCUGCAUGGCCAAUAAAACCCCAGCAACUGAAAGUCGAAUCCGGAGUUUAUGAACUAACAGCUGUUCCGCUAACUAGUAUUGUCAUGGUUAGCAACCGCAUGAUUCAGGUUCAGGUCAAUGACAUUGUCGAUCGGCAUCUGAUUUCACGAAUGAAAGAUGCCAUCUCAUCUCUCCAGUCAGUUGUUGAAGAAUGGUCAUCAGGGGAAUCGAUACCAGAGGUUGACUGGAGCCGGAUGCGUUCUUUGGAGUUCCAAGAAGUUCUACGCUCUCGAGAUUUUCUGGUCAGACAAAUCCAGAACAAUAUCUGUGUUAUGUGUCCGGAUUUUGAUCAUCAUUAUAGGCUGAUACACGGACAGAAGAUACUCCGAGCUAACAUAGCCUUCUUAAAACUUGCGAUAUCGGAUCAAAACUUGGAGUUAAUACCAGACUACGAACAACGCAUUGCUGUUUUGAAAGACCUCAAAUUCAUCGAUGAAAAUUCUACCAUCCAGUUGAAAGGCCGUGUGGCUUGUGAGAUCAAUUCAGCGAAUGAGCUUGUCCUGACUGAGCUGAUUUUGGAAAACACAUUGGCCAGUUAUGACCCUGAGGAAGUUGUUGCUUUACUGUCGUGUUUUGUUUUCCAAGAAAAAACGGACGUGGAGCCUCUGCUAUCACCAAAGCUGGAAGUGGGCCGAGAUGCCAUCGUGGCAAUUAGCGACCGAGUUGGCAGAGUUCAAGACUUCCACAAGGUUUCUGUAGAAGAAUUCCGAUCCAACCUCAAGUUUGGGCUCGUCGAAGUGGUCUAUGAAUGGGCUAAAGGCAUGCCAUUCGAACAAAUAACUGCACUGACAGACGUCGCGGAAGGGACCAUUGUUCGCGUUAUCACUCGACUAGAUGAGACUUGCCGUGAAGUUCGAGAUGCCGCUCGUGUUAUAGGCGAUGCUGAACUGUUCAAGAAGAUGGAGGAGUGUCAGAUCAAGAUCAAACGAGACAUUGUGUUUGCUGCUAGCUUGUACUUUUAA